AUGAAAUACCCCACCACCUGCGUCAAGGCGACUCUAUUUCGAGAGUGCCCAGACAUCCUUUUGCGCGAAAUUGCAAGUCUAAGGGGGAUGUGGCGCACGGCCCAGCACGGCAAGCCCUGUGAGGUAGCCACUUGGCGGGUGCUUAUUCCGGCUACGAUUACGAGCCCCCCUCAAGACUUUGCCGCUGCUAGCGAGUGCGGCAAGAGGUCGAUUGUUGAAGCACGAGAUCCCUCGAGAGGCACAUAG